AACCAUAUGGCCCGCCUAAUUGUAAGCGGCAUCAUAGUCUAGACGCUUAUAUCACUCGCGCAGUUGCCUACCCUUUUAUUUCGAUGAUGGGGAGAAAAAAAUAUUAUAUCCACAAACAAUGACCAACGCCGCGGUGCCCCGACGCAGGUAAUUGCGUGGUGCAUUCAGCCAGCUAGAGCGUUCCAAGGAUUGCUCGCGGUGUAGGUAUACUUUGACGUACGCUCACGUAAGCGAGGCAGACGUCAAACUAACCUACAUCCUAAAAGCAACUCAGUCAACACCCGCUUAAAUCGAUCCUGGGCUUCUCCGUUCACAACGUCAUUGUCACCUGACUAAUCAUAGGGGCUGUGGUCUGCGUGGUUAGCUUGCCGCCGACCUGCUCCCGUACCUACCAGAAUAAUCCGUGAUGGCGACUUCCGUACUCCAGCCCGAGGAAUGCCGAAGGGAACACGAGCCCAAGCUGGACCUAGCCGAGCCGAGACUAUCGGACGAGGAACGCCUUCAGAAGUUGGAGAACAAAGAGAGGGAGACGGGAGACCUGCCGCCUGAGCUGAGGGAGAGGGCGAGAGUUGAGCUGAGAGAGGAGCCAGCGCUGCGAGAACAGGCGCUGUCGCAGAUGAGGCACUUCAUAGAAAAGCAUCCGGCUAUAAAAAAGUGCAGGACCGACGCUCCCUUCUUGCUACGCUUCCUCCGCACAAAGAAAUACUCCAUCCCGCAAGCGUGCUCGAUGCUGGAGCGCUACCUGACCAUCCGCCAGAUGUAUCCACACUGGUUCCAGAAACUAGAUCCUCUGGACCCGAAGAUAGCGGCGGUCAUCGACGCAGGAUACCUGUUCGACAGCUGCGUGAUGGCGCGCGUCCACUCCAUGAUAGUGGAGCUGCUGCUAGACGAGCCGCGGUCACAGCUGCUGGGCUACACGCACGUCAACGACGAGGCCGGCAUGCAGAUGCCGCACGUCAGCCUGUGGUCGCUCACCGACGUGCGCGUCAUGCUCAACUGCAUACAGUGCCGUAAAGUUAGCGCGAGUUGCAGCAAUAAGGAUGAAGUCAACGACGAGGCCGGCAUGCAGAUGCCACACGUCAGCCUAUGGUCGCUCACCGACGUGCGCGUCAUACUCAACUGCAUACAGGUACAGUGCCGUAAAGUUAGCGCGAGUUGCGGCAGUAAGGAUGUAGUCAACGACGAGGCCGGCAUGCAGAUGCCGCACGUCAGCUUGUGGUCGCUCGCCGACGUGCGCGUCAAGCUCAACUGCAUACAUGUACAGUGCCCAAAAGUUAGCGCGAGUUGCGGCAGUAAGGAUGAAGUCAACGAUGAGGCCGGCAUGCAGAUGCCGCACGUCAGCCUGUGGUCGCUCACCGACGUGCGCGUCAUGCUCAACUGCAUACAGGUACAGUGCUGUGAAUUCCACCGCACCAGCGAAGAGCUGACCAAACACGUGGACCCCUCCAUCCUUCCCAAGGAGUACGGCGGCACAGUUCCUCUUAGAGACAUGAUCGAGGAGUUGAAGCGGAAUCUCCUCAAGCGUAGGGAAGAUCUUCUGGCCCUCGACAAUAUGAGCGUAGAUCUAUACGCGUUGGAGAAGAACGACAUAACACAGAACAUACAUUCAACCGCUGGGUCGUUCAGGAAACUCGAACUGGACUAGUUUUGUCCUUAUGUGAAGUCGCAUUUACACGCUUGCCUUAGAGGAUAUUCAGUAGCUACACCAAGCACGAACAACUACCGUCAAAGUUUCUGUGGAAGAAACUAGUUUGUUCUUACGUCCGGUAGGGGCGCUACCUAGUUUCCAUGGAAAAUUUGACGAUGGCGAUACGAAUACGGAUCUGUCGAAAGUUUGUGCUUGGGGUAUAGAUGACGUAUUUUUGUGCGAAUAUCGUCCAUAUCGCGUUUUCACGGGUAGAAUUGGAUACCUGAGCGUGGUGCAAGCUCCGAUGCCGUGCUGUGUCCUAUACCUACUCAACACCGCUUAGUAAAGUUGAGUUUUGUCGAAUCGCCCAUCAUCGUAAAUUGAAAGAAAGAAUGGAAGAAAUAUUAUUUUUGGACUGUUAUUUUUAUGCGUGUGGUCCGACUCGGACUACAGCGAUUGUUGAUCCUAGUUAAAGCCCUGUUUACACGCUUGCUAAAGUUCAGAGUGUUGCACAAAAUCAAGCGAGUACUCUGGCUUCAGAUGUUGAAUGAAUAUUGGCUUCAGUGCUAUUGUAACUUUUGGAGCAUUGACAAAGUGUAAAUGUGGUUUAAACUGUAUCCUAAUAAAUACAUAUAUUAUAAUUAAUGUAGACGAUUAGUAUUGGGGAGAGAAGAGAAAAAAUAAUAAUUACAAAGAAUAAUAUGAAGUUCUCAUCAGCUGUGUUAAAGUUUGUAAUAUUUUUUUAAAUAUUUUUUUUCUACUUACUAUUAGUAAACUUAUGAAAAGGAAUAAAGGCUUUCAUUGCAUAACUGAUUGAAAUAGUAGCUAGUGUAAUAUCAAGAUUUUUUUCUUUAAGUAUUUUAAUAGUUAAUUGUGCUGAAUAUUUU